AAAAGAACACAAAAAACAAACACGUUAUCGUUUAUGAUGUAGUUCGCGAUAAAUCCCGACUAGGGAUGAGUUAAACAAAAAAGAUAAACAAGAAAAAAAAAAAACGAAAAUUAUUGCUACAUUACAAUUACAAUAGUCAAUAACUGUGUUAAUACAUAAUAAUGGAUACAAAUAGUCCUCCACCACGUGCUGUCAGCAGUCAAGCGCCAGCCGCCACCACAGGAGUUAGAGAGGUUGACUCACCGUUUAGGGAAACACAGGAGACAAAGCAAAACUCACCCAGACCUCCCUCAAGACCCUCUUCUGUAUUGCCUCACUUACUGGCUUCUUUUGUUGCCAGUCCCACAGCAUCUAGUAGUAAAAAACCAAGUCCUGAUAGAAGGGAAGAAAGCCAAGGAGGAAAACGCAGUCCUACAAAUGAUACAUCCUUGAAAUCGCCCACAGCACACUCCGAUACAAGUCCCUCCACUCCUAUUUGUGGUAUGCCACCUUUCUCACCUCAAUCGGAUAGAUCAUCUUGUGGCUCCACGUCUGCCACAGCGCCCCAACAGUUUUGUCUACGUUGGAACAAUUACCAAAGUAACCUUACCAGUGUCUUUGAUCAGUUGCUACAGAAUGAGGCAUUUGUGGAUGUAACUUUAGCUUGUGAUGGACGUUCCAUUAAAGCCCACAAAAUGGUCUUAUCAGCCUGUUCGCCCUACUUUCAAACACUGUUCUCCACCACACCCUGCACCCAUCCAAUAGUCAUAAUGCGUGAUGUCAACUGGUUCGAGCUUAAAUCAAUCGUAGACUUCAUGUACAAAGGAGAAAUAAAUGUGAGUCAAGAGCAAAUUGGUCCCCUAUUAAGAAUAGCCGAAAUGCUGAAAGUAAGAGGUUUGGCCGAUGUCAGUAAUAUCGGUGGAUCCUCGGCUCAUAUUAGUGCACGUGCUCAGGAACCACCCAACGAAAAGGAAUUGUACUCUACACAAACUAUAAUGGACUCACCGAAAAGACAUGACAUGAUCACUUCUCCCUCAACGAAAAGACCUCCGAGCCAAAGCCAGGAUUCUGAUAAUGAAAGAUCCGAACACGAUAGAGAUAUUUCUUCGUUGGCCGAAACAGAGAAGAAAAGUCGUUUGGAACCCUCCGAUUGGGAUAUAACGGGUUCUGUAAAAACUACUGAGAGUAGUAAUUUAGAAUUAAGAUUAUCUCCCUUGCAACAUCAACAUUUACUGGGUAGAAAUGUUCGAAAACGUAGAUGGCCGUCCGCUGAUGCAAUAUUCAAUCCGCCCGAAAGUCCACUAAGUAGUUUAAUAGCCGCCGAGAGAGCCGAACAGGAAAGAGAGCGUGAGAGAACGCGUGAACGAGAAAAAGCUAGAGAAGUUACUCUCUUUACACCACCCAUACCUGUUACUUCUUGUUCUUCCGGUGCCACCUCAAGUCUUAACAGCGGCGGCAUGAGUUCGAAUGUACUGGAGUCCAGCGUUCUAAUGGAUAUAACAUCUCCUUCGCCUACACCCACACCAAAUUUACUUCCACCGGCGAGGACCCCUUCGGGCAUGCUGACGCCUUCACCUCAUUUACAGAUCUCACAACAUCAACAUCAUUCUCAUCAGCCACUUCAAUCUCAUCGCUCAUCACCUGCCUCGUCUGUUACUUCAACACACCCGUCCAGCAUAUUAAGUAGACCUUUAACGCCCUCUCCCGCCAGUGUGGGACACGCUGGGCCUAGCAGUAGUCGUUUGGUAGAAGGUAGUCAAAUGGCCGGUGACUCUCAUCGUUUUCCACUUGGACCAGCUCAAGCCAUGGCGGCAGCAGCUGCUCAAAUGGAUUUAGGCAGUACAACAUCUAUGGGUAUGAGACCACAUUCCUCCUCUGCUGGUCCUCCUAUGUCAGCAGGACCUGGACACCAUACUUCUUCAUUAGUAGAUGAUUUAGAAAUAAAGCCAGGAAUAGCAGAAAUGAUACGAGAAGAAGAAAGG